AUGGAAGACGCCCUCCGCCCAAGCAAAGAAGCCUUUGAAUACACACUCCGCGCGAGCUAUCAGCUGUGGUCAACCCAUUUCAACACUAGUGAUACCCGCCUGCCGUUGGAGUGCAUCGACCUCAAAUCCCUUCUCAAAGACACGCCUGCGUUUCUCGGCGACGGGUUGAUUCCCGCAGACAAAGCAUUAUCAUUUGCUUGUGCUAAAAGCCGAGGUGAUCUUGAAAUAAAGGGACAGGUGAGAUGGCGGACAUCCAGAGCUGGUGCGGAUUGCAUUACCCCGCCUAAGGUCAUACCUUUGAGGCUUCCGCUAGGUGUUGCAGAAGCCCAAGAGGUAGAGCUCUCCAGGAAUGUGGCCCUGUCAGAGUGGCCCGGUGUGUGUGGUAUUACUGGCUAUGAUGAGGGUAACCACAUCGCCGUUUUGUUCUUAGCUUGGGCAUACAUCUUAUCUGCGAAAUGGGCAGAAUUGCUCGAUCGCUCUGAGACGCAUCAAUGUUCAAUGAAGUACUCGUCUAAAAUCUGCCAAGAGCCCGAGGAGUUAGCUCAAGCGGAGGCGAUAGAGGUUGAUUUACCUCCAGAGGCAAGCGAAGCCGAGAUCGUCUGGUGGAACGCUGUACUCUCUGGAACACCAGCAUGGGAAAUCUCGGUGGAAUACGAGGCUGAAGAAUUCGUGUCGCCAUGGUCCGUUUCAUUGGGCGGGGCAAUAUCAAUGCGAGUGAAACCAGAAAUCCAUCCCCAGUUGACAACUUACAGCCCUCCGUCAUCAACAACAGCCUUCAAAUACCUCACCCGCUUUUGCAACCACCACCGUAUCUACGCACAAUGCACAGCAGCACUAUCAGCAUCAUUUUUCACGCGCGACAUCUUCAUCCGUGACCUACCGACUCUCCCAAUCGCAAGAUCCUCCAAGAACCCCGAGCACCACUCAACCCCGAGAAGCCCCCAAUCCAUCUCCGCUCUAAUCUCCGAACACGAAAAACUCCUCCCAUACUACAUGACCCUAAGCAGCACGCAGUGGUUCACAACGCUACCAGCAAUAAAAAGCACAUUCUUCAACCCAGACAUACCCUGCAAUCUCGUCAGCGCGUGGAUGAACCCAGCCUUCGCAAUAAUAGACCCAAUUAUGAAAGAAAACAACAUCCCACGUCUUCUCAACGGCCUUUCAGCACACCAGCCACGCGUAGCCAGUCUCUGGCUCGGGGCUGCGAUCAUGGGGAUUAGUAGCAUAUACUUGAGACACUGCAUGCAGGGGAUGGCACCUUCACUUCAAGCCGAGGCGUGGAUGGGGAUAACAACUACGUUUGUCACACAGCCACCCGGUAUCUACGAUAAAGAUGCAGAAUCUGUCCAGCGCGAGGAUGAGUGUAGGCUGCUUUUUCUUGCGACGCCCACCGAUGGAGGCUAUAACCAUGGGUAUGUGACUGUCUGGCCGUGGAAACCAUUUGGUAGUACUAAGGUAUGUGAUACGGAUAUCCUGCUUCGAGAUCAUUUGUGUUGUGGAUGUCAUGUUUUGGAAUAUGAGGGUUGGGAUUGGGAGCUUGGGGAUGGGUCGAGGAUUGAGGACACGGGGGUAGAGGCGCAGUUUGCCUCGUUGCUUUCAAGUUCCCAUUAUACGUCUGCGUCUGCGUCUGCGUCUGCGUCUGCGUCUGCGUCUGCGCCUGCCUCUAUGUGUGCCUCUUGUCCGGAACGAGUGGUUACUUCUGUGGAUCUCCCCGCUCUACCGAAGGAUUGUGAGUAUGAUCUGUACUCAGAUCAGAGAUCAAGUAAUCCUACUCGGGGCAUAUUUUGCUGGCUUCGGUCAGAUGGGUUUCCGGCAAAUGAAAAGGGAAUAUAUCAGCACUCAUGGGUUGUGAUUGCAAAAGGCUGGGAUAAGGAGGUAGAUGAACAUGAGUCUGAUGAUUCUACGGCUGGUGCUCUAACUGAAAGAGUUGAGAAUUGGCUCGGUGGGAUCCAUGAUGUCGAGGUGAUAGUCGCGGCUGAAACUGAGGACUGUCGGUAA